UUUGACAAGCCACUCAAAUCGUCAGAUGUUCUUAGCUAGUUUAUUAUGCCUGAAAAUUACAAGAUGGUUGUGGUGUCAAAACAGUCAAACUGAACGUUGGAAAGUAAAAAAGGAAGCACAGGGUAACCCAGCUUGGACGAGGGGACGCUGUAUUGCUUAUUACUCCUAAAAGUUGUGGCGGUGAGGCGUAGCCAUGGACACCAGCAGCUCUCUGGCCAUCCAGAACCUGUUCAGCUACGUGGAGGAGAACAACGUGCCGGCCAUCAAAGCCCACCUGGACAAGUUCAAGGAGGUGGACAGCAGGAGCGAGAAUGGUCAGACUCUCCUCAUGAUGGCAUCAGAGCAGGGCAGCCUAGAGAUGGUCCAGGAGCUCCUCAGGAGGGGAGCCAAUGUCAAUCUGGAUGACGUGGACUGCUGGACGGCGCUGAUCUCGGCGGCUAAGGAGGGCCAUGUGGAGGUGGUGAAGGAGCUGCUGGCCAACAAUGCCAGCCUGGAGCACCGGGACAUGGUAGGAGAGUGGGUGUGGGGGUUAUCAGAAGGGCUAUCAGGGUGGCUGACAGGGGGUGCUCAGAGGGAUGAGAUGAAGAAUUUUGCUGGGCAGCAGAUUGAACCUCUGUUCCAGUUCUCCUGGCUGGUGGUGUUCCUCACGCUGCUGCUGUGUGGCUCUGUAGCUCUGGUCCUGGGCUUCACAGUCACCCACCGCCUGGCCAUCGCCGUCUCCCUCAGCCUCCUCGCCCUGCUCUACGUCUUCUUUGUGUUGGUGUACUAUGGAGGUCAUCGUGAGGGGGAGAACUGGAACUGGGCGUGGCUCCUCAGUACCCGUCUGGCCCGUCAGGUGGGCUACCUGGAGCUGCUUCUUAAACUCAUGUUCGUCAACCCCCCCGAGCUGCCUGAGCAGACCACCCGCGCCCUGCCUGUCAGGUUCCUGUUCACAGACUACAACCGUCUGUCCAGUGUGGGAGGAGAGACGUCUAUGGCAGAGAUGAUAGCCACUCUGUCUGACGCCUGUGAGAGGGAGUUUGGCUUCAUGGCCACCCGCCUCUUCAGGGUGUUCAAGAACGAGGAGAACCAAGGUAAGAAGUGGAAGAAGACGUGCUGCGUGCCCAGCUUCAUGCUGUUUGUCGUGACUCUGGGCUGCCUGAUCACAGCCAUGGCGCUGCUGGCCAUCUUCAAGGUGCAACAUGACAACCUGACGUUGAACGCGGUGCUGAUCGCCAUGGCCAGCGUGGUGGGCCUGGCCCUCCUGUUGAACUGCAGGACUUGGUGGCAGGUGGCUGACUCCGUCCUCAACUCUCAGAGGAAGAGGCUGCACAGUGCCGCCAACAAGAUGCACAAGCUCAAGAGCGAGGGCUUCAUGAAGGUGUUGAAGCAGGAGGUGGAGCUGAUGUCAAAGAUGGCCAAGACCAUCGACGGUUUCACCCAGAACCAGACCCGCAUGACGGUCAUCAUCGACGGCCUGGACGCUUGCGAGCAGGACAAAGUGCUGCAGAUGCUCGACACGGUGAGGGUGCUGUUCUCCAAAGGCCCCUUCAUCUCUAUUUUCGCCAGUGACCCCCACAUCAUCAUCAAGGCCAUCAACCAGAACCUGAACAGCGUGCUCAGGGACUCCAACAUCAACGGCCACGACUACAUGAGGAACAUCGUCCACCUGCCUGUCUUUCUCAACAGCCGAAGUCUUAGUACCACCAGGAAGCUGUGCAUGGCCGCCCCCACUCCCAACGGAGACCUGGUCAACCCUGAGGGAUGGCAUGAGGAGAUGGACAGGAAGCUAUCCUUGAACAGUCUGGGGGAUCAGGCCAAGUUUGGCAGCAAGACAGCCCUCAACCGCAGAGACACAUACCGCAGGAGGCAGAUUCAGAGGACCGUCACCAGACAGAUGUCCUUUGACCUGACCAAGCUGCUGGUCACUGAGGACUGGUUCAGUGACAUCAGCCCCCAGACCAUGAGGAGGCUGCUCAACAUUGUGUCUGUCACAGGUCGUCUGCUGAGAGCCAAUCAUAUCAUCUUUAACUGGGACCGUCUGGCGUCAUGGAUCAACAUGACGGAGGAGUGGCCCUACAGGACCUCCUGGCUCAUCCUCUUCCUGGAGGAGACCGACGGCAUCUCAGACCAGGUCACUCUGAAGACCAUCUACGAGAGAAUCUCCAAAAACAUCCCCACCACCAAAGACGUGGAGCCCCUGUUGGAGAUCGACGGGGACAUCCGCAGCUUCGAGGUGUUCCUGUCCUCGCGGACACCCGUUCUCAUGGCGCGCGACGUGGAGAUGUUCCUUCCCUGCACCGUCAACCUGGACCCCAAACUCCGCGAGAUCAUUGCAGAUGUCCGUGCUGCCAGGGAGCAGAUGCACAUUGGAGGAGUGGCCUAUCCCACGCUGCCCCUGCAGGACGUGCCAGCCCGCGCCCCCUCCUCUUUCGGCCAGCACUCGGCUGCCUGCUCCCCCACAGGCUCCUACGUUGGUUCCCUGCCCCCCCCAGGGCUUGUGCCCCCCCAGCCCCACAGCAGUUACUACAGCAUGCCUGCCCCCCAGCACCCCUUCUACACCCGGCCCUAUUUUCCCAAUCAUGUGUAUCACCUUCCCCGGCAUCAAUACAGCUCCCAUCUUCACCCUGCCCCGACCCAAUCACGCCCUUCCUUCAAAACAGGCUACCCCAGGGACCCCAAUGGGCUUGAUGUAAUUGCUGAGGAUCCCAGAGAGGGCCUCCCCUCCCCCACUACCACUGACCCCCCUAUGGGUUCUGCCUCUGGGGUAUCGGGAACCCCUGUGGUACUCCUCAGCUCUCUGAACACGGACGCAGUGUGUGAGCGCGUCAAACAGAUCGCCGGCAUGGACUCUAGCAUGCUGGGCCAGUAUACCGCCACUAUCAAGAAGGCCAAUGUGAAUGGCCGGGUGCUGUCUCAGUGCAACCUGGAAGAGCUGAAGAAUGAGAUGAGCAUGAACUUUGGGGACUGGCAGCUCUUCAGAGGGAUGGUGAUGGAACAGCGUAAUGUGGAGGGCCAGGCCCUGCAGGAUGAGUCACGUGCAGCCAGCGAGCAGGGCAGCAGCGUGGUCAACAUGGAGACGGCCAGGCACCAGGGCCAGGGAGCUCCCCAUGAGGUGGGCGACUACAUAUUGAACCUCAGCUUCGAGGAGCUCAGUAACAUGGGCUUGAGCCUGGAGGAACCCACCCAGACACACAGAGAGACAACACAGCACUGGCCCAUGACGGCCACCCACCAUACCCCGAGUAUGUCCAGCCUCAACUUACAGGAGUCAUCCAACGACAUCUGCAAGCUUACAGACAAGCAGCAGGCAGAGUACCGCGAUGCCUACCGUGAGUACAUCGCCCAGAUGACCCAGCUAGACGUGGCCGGAGGCGGGGGAGAGAAGUCUGUCCAGCCCCACCUGGGCCAGUUCCUCCAAUACCGAGAUGCCAGAAACCCAGAGGAGAAUGCCAAAGACGGUUCCGAGAAGGAUGUCCGUAAGCCCUCUUUCCCUACCAAGAGAGGUGCUAAAGCCACGGACGUGGUUGACACUGAUGUGCCCCUGGACCCCAUCAGCGAAGAGGAUGAGAAGCUUGACGCCUCUAAAGCAGGCAGUUCCAAGGUAAAGGGACCAGGGCCUCGCUACCACAAGGUUCCCAGCAACGAGGAGGAGGGGUCCGGGCCGGAGGAAUCAGAAAACACCCCUUUGCUCAACAACGGGGGUGCCCAAGCGCCCAGCAACAUCGCCCUAAACAAGGACUCGUCCGACUCGGGUGUGAGGUCUGGCGAGAGCUCCUCAGACCACUCCCUGGAGGAAGUGUUAGUGGAAGCAGAAGAGGAAGGGGUUAAUAAAUUGGAACUGGAGAGUCUAGUCAAGAAGAGGGGCCUGCUGCCCGGCAGUCUGAGCGGCCUUCAGGAUUCCACUAUCACCCGCAUGUCCAUCUGCUCUGAGGCCCCGUCCGAGGGCAGCCCAAUGGCCUCCAGUCCCGACGAAACCUGGUUCCGCUCCAGCUCCUCCGUGAGUAACCUCAACCGCACCCCCAGCACCACCACGCUCAACAACAACAGAAACAGCAGCAACAACGCUGCCACCAACAACACUAGCCAAGACAACCAAGACACAGAGAGCUCCACCCCAGUUCUCAUCACCCCAGGCUCCAGCACCGGCUCUACCUCCACCACGAGGCCCGUCCACAACCAGAACCUGUGUGGGAUCAUCCAUAAGAGGCCGCUGGGCACCGGCGAGACCCUCAAAGUCUGCACAGGGGCCCCUGACGCUAUUUUCUUGGAGGAUGAGAGAGAGAGUGUCCUGUGAGAGGGGCUCGGGCCUUUUUGGAAGAGGUACCAUAGAUGUUUGAUGUUGUGAUGUGCUACAAAAAUAAAUGCCUUUUACCAAUUCUGUGUUACAUUGAUAUGGAUGGCAAUCAAAACAGGCCUAUUAAUCUGUGACUUCGUUUAAAAAAUAUUUGAGAGAAGAAGUUGAUAUGCGGAUCAGUAAACAUCAAUUUACAUGAAGAGAAUCACAUUUUUGUCCAACCUUAGAAAUAUUAAAUCAUUUGGGUUGAAGAAAUUCAAUGUCCUGAAACGAUUUUGUGAAAUCAUUUGAAAGUUAAUGACCAUGACAUCAGACUAAAAUGGAAUAUACGUCAAAUUGAAAUGGCCCUCUAAUUCAAUUAAGUGUGCUGUCAUGUUCACUUUGGCUGUUACUAAAUAAUGGUAGUGAAUUGUUAAAUAAUGGUAGUGAAUUGUUAAAUAAUGGUAGUGAAUUGUUAAAUAAUGGUAGUGAAUUGUUAAAUAAUGGUAGUGAAUUGUUGGAUAAUGGAAGUGAAUUGUUGGAUAAUGGUAGUGAAUUAUGGAGUUGUGUUUAUGAAUGUUGUGUUGUGGUGGUGACAUUACAGUACAGUGGUGUGUGUUGGUGCAAUGUGUUCUGUACUUUGGUUACUGAACUCUGAGUUGGCUUUAUGUGCUUGAAAACAAAAUAAGUUUUCCUAAUUUCUAGCUAUCAAGUACCUGUUAAUUUAUGUAGCGUGGCUGUGGAUUGGCGUUCCGACUGAAAGGUCUAUUUCCCCAAGAAUAUACUGAUAUUUUGUGGUAUAAUUUAAAAAAUAUUUGAUCUCUUUAGUGUGAACAGUGAUGUGGUAAACCUGAGUUUCCCAUGCACUACGGAUGUCCAUCCCAGGUUCUGAACCUUUUCCAGAGUGCACUACGGAUGUCCAUCCCAGGUUCUGAACCUUUUUCAGAGUGCAUUGUGAAGCCAUGUAUUUGUGAAAUAAAGACAUAUUCUCUGAA